AUCAAGAAAGGAUGAGGACUGAAUCAAUAAGAAAAUUGGCAGUGCUAAGAGCAAUGGCUAGUCUAUCAAGCGGCGGAGGACGUGGUGAAGCUAGUACUAGUACCUCUGACAAUGCAAUCAGGCAAGGAAGCGGUCGAGGACGUGGUCAAGCUGUUUCUAGAGGUCGAGGACGAGGUCGGUGCCAAGGUAGAGGGCGAGGUCGCAGACCAACCAUUGGUCGUGGAAUUUUCAUCGAUGAUGAUGGUGCAGCAACACUCAAUCCUGGAUCAGCACUGGCAUGCCCUUUGUUUGGACCUUAUGGAUCAGCAGUGACAAACCCUGCGUUUGGACAGACUACACGAACAACUACCCAGUCAGCUAGACAGAGUUUGCAGCGAAAGGAAAAAGGGAAAGCUCAUGUGAAAAUAGCACAUGUGCAGAAGUAGUUUUUUAGCUAUCAUAUUAGAACUUAUAUUUUGU